AUGUACUUAAAAGACGAUCAUGAACCUUUUGAGCUCAGAGAGGAUGCGAUCGGCACAAGUGGCAACCAAAGUACCCCCAGUGUGCCGAUGCUUUUCCGAUCAGCAUCAAUCUCCCCGAUUGUUCCGACAGAACUGUUACCCUCUGGCCCCUUUCACACAGGCAUUUCCUCUAUCAUCGGAUCAUUCGAAGAUCAGGAGAAUACAAAUAAUGCAAACGUAGAUUGUGACCUUUCAAUAUUAGGAGCCGCGCUGUUAUACAAGCCGAAUAAGGCAAUCUCCUUGCAAAAUGAAGAUCGGAUUACCAUGGCCUCCUCUCAGGAUGUCGACCACUCUUGGUUCCAGAACCAACAUCGGGCAACUGCUUCAAUUUUCCGACCCUCUUCUUCAGAGCAGUCCUUCCAUACAGCUUCCAGGACGACAUCGAUUAGCUUUGAUCUCAAAAAUAUCACCAGGGUGUUCUGCGAAUCUAUUCCACCUUCAGUAGAUGCAACACAGAUAGUGAGGGAUGAUUAUAUUGCACGUGUUAUUGGUGGAUACAAUUACCGUCGUAUGAGUUACUGGUUUAUAGCUCCUACACCUAAGAUGCACGAUUCUUUGAUGUUCCAUGCUAAAAAAUCGAAAAGGAUGACAUGGGCUAUGUACCUGGGGGCCAAACUUUUCCAAGCUCUUGACCACCAAAGUGUUGAAGUCUGUGGGCCAAUGAUUCAGGCAUGCGUUGCUUGGAUGGACAAAUUUGGACAAAAGUGUCUCAUGAACUCCCGUAGUAAUAAGUCGCGGAACGACAUAGGAGAGUAUUUUCUGAUUCAACUUGAGCUUGCAUUUCUUAGAUUUGCUAUUGCGGAUGUCGUUUCAGCUUAUAAUCAAGUCAAGAGGGCAUUACCUAAAUUCUUUCAACUGGUUGCGUUCAACUCAAGCUUGUACAUAGAAUGUCCGGACGGUAACCUGGUCGUCUCGUUUCCUCGUGCGCUGACUUCACCUCAAUCUGAACUCAGACGCUUCGUUAUAUACGACACAAUCGGAGCACUUGUGCUCGGAACUCCACCUUUAGUAGACUAUGGAUACGAGAACGAGCACGAGGAAGGACUCGAUUUAAUACGUGGAAUUCCCGUUACUCUUGCUGGGGUUAUAUCGCAGAUCAAUGCAUGGAGAGCACAGUCAAGCGGAACUCUGGGCAAGUGGCAAGAUUUGGAGAGACAAGUCUUAGCUUGGAAACCAUUAUCUACUGUUCUCGAAAGGGACCCGACUGUCGACUAUGACAGCAUAGCGAGGACUACAGUACAAGAGGGUUGGCGGCACGUGGCAUUAAUUUACAUUUACAUGGCAGCAGUGGAUCAGAUACUUUGCCUUGGAGAAACUGUAGCAAAUUUACCAAUCUGCGUUCACAUGUUUGUUCACUAUCUCGUUGCAGGUUUAUCAGCGCGGCUAGAAAAGCAUCGGGUGUAUAUUUAUGAAAAACUUGCCUCGUUCCAAGCCAUGCGGACACCCGCUCCCUACACGCUUCCGAGCCAGACUUCUGAAAAGCAGCCGACAUCAAUUACCAAUGAUACAGAUUGUGAUUUCAGACCAUCCACCCUAGGAACUGCCUUGUUAUGCAGAAUCAGCGAGCUUACUCCUUUGGUCAACAAUACUCAUAGUACCUCAGAAUCUCAGUCUACGGAGAAUUUCAAUCGCUUAUGGCCGCAAGAUAAAAUGCUGCUCAGCGUGUAUUCGCGCGCAUCGAGCCGCGAAACUUCUACCACUAAAACCACCAGUAUUCAUACGAGCAGAACCAUCGAAAGCCUAUGCCAGUCCAUUCCUCCUUCAGUGGACAUAGCGCAAACGAUGAGGGAGAAUCGUCUCUUACGUGUCAUCGAUGCAUUUCGUUUCCAGCGUAUUAACUACUGGUUUAUAACACCUCCGCCCGCAACUCGCGACUUUAUAGCGACUAAGGUGAUCAUAUCCAAGAAAAUCAGAUUGAUUCUGCCCCUGGGGGCAACGCUCUUCUUCCAGACAGUUGGUUUAAGUACCCAGGCCCACGAUUCAACAAUUCGAGAACAUGGUGAUUGGGCCGAGAAUGUUGAAAAAAAGGUCACCUCAUCUUCCUACGACAGUCUCUCACUGACUGAAGUGGCGGAUCAACUUAUGGUGGAACUUGAGGUAGCGUUUUUCAGAUUCGCCUUGGCAGACAGUGUUUCGGGUUAUAGACUGCUUCGAAAGUCAUUGCCUAGGGCUCUUCAACUCAUCGCUCUUGAUUCAAGUCUAUACAUGGAGCAAUCCAAUAAUAACCUGGCCGUCUCGUUUUCCCGAGCGCUCACUUCACCAAUGUUCGAACUUAAGCGCUUUGUCGUGUAUGACACGGUCUCCUCGCUGUUGCUCGCAGUUCCGCCACUGUUAGACUAUGGAUACGAUCAGGAGCUUGACUCUGAAUUCGAUUGGAUCCGGGGGGUCCCUGUUGCUAUCGCCGAGGCUAUAUCGCAGAUUAACUCAUGGAGAGCAGGUUCGAGAGGAACUCCAGAUAGCUGGGAGGCCUUGGAGAAGCGUGUUUUAGCCUGGAAGACGCCUACUUUGAGGUCGGAAAUGUCGACCAUCGAGAACACUAGAGUAACAAAGAUGGCAGUGUUAGAAAGCUGGAGGGAUAUAGCGUUGAUAUAUAUUUACAUGGGCAUGGGUGGGAUUUCCUCCCACGACCCGCGUGUGCAAGCUGCAGUGCAUCGAAUAGUUCAACUUGGAGAAACCGUGUCUAACUCACCAAUUGGAGUACAUAUGCUUACUCACUAUGUCGUUGCCGGUUUAGCAGCGCGAUUGGAAAAACACCGGAUAGUUAUUUACGAAAGACUCAUGUUACUCAAAGAUACACGAGUGUGGCUCUUUUAUGGACCGCAAAUGAAUCAAAUUUUGCGUCACCUGUGGCAUGGCGUAGGUGCUGAAGGGGCGCCUGUUACAUGGGACGACUAUGUUCAGUCAAGAUCUGUAAUCAUUCCAGUUUAA